AUGUUUGUAAAGAUGGCCAGCGAUGUCGCCUCGAACCAUGAUCCCCAUUUUGCCGGUGGAGAUGCUCCGCCGGCGCCGGUCGAGCCUGAGGGUGGAGCGGAGAACCCUGCCGUUGACGACGCCGUCAAAUUGGAGACGGGGGCCCAGACUGAGAUCGGCAACGAGAACCCUACUGUCGAUACCGGCGUGGAGGUGGCGACCGAGAUAUCUAAAGACGUCGCUGUGGUGGAGACGGUGGUCAAGUCUGAGGGUGGCGAUGAUAAACUUACAUUUGAGGAUGGUGCCAUGGUGGAGAUGGUGGCCGACCCUGGCAGCAGCGGCGGCGGCGGUGGUGGUGGCGAGAACCUUACUGUGGACGGUGCCACCACUGCAGAGGCGGCCUAUGGAAGCACCGAGAAUCCUCCUGUUCACCCCACCACGAUGGAAACGCUGGCCAAGCCCCAGGCUGGAAACGAAAACUCAGCCGCCGUUGAGGUCACCAUGGUGGCGGGCAAGGUCAGCGGCGCUGAUAACCCUACACUUGACAACACAGAGACAGUGGCUGAAGGAGGAGAUGAUGAAAACAACAACCCUAUCCUUGAUGAUGCCCACAUGCAUAUGGUGGAGACAGCGGCUGAAGCCAUGGAGGAGGACCAAGUCGUUGUCGAGAUCAGCGAGGCCGACAUAUGGCCCAAUGAGGAUGGUGGUGAGGACGACGGCCUUCUCGAUUCCUCCAUUUUCUACCCCGAUUUCCCACCCUUGCCGGAGUUCCCUUGCAUGUCCUCCUCCUCCUCUUCCUCCCCUUCCACUCCUGCCGCCCCCUCGUCCGCCGGCUCCUCCUCCCCGGUCGUCUCCUGGCCAAUGAUGAGGCCCGAUCCCGGCGAGGGCCUCCGCACCACCCUCUCCUCCACCGCCUCCAUGGAGAUGCCCCAUCCCCCUCGGCCCGAAGAUCAACACAACCAGCUCGGCAUCGACGUCAUGGGAAACUUGGGCUACAUCGACCUCAUGGACCCCAACGAAAUCUGGGACCCUUCCUCCCUCUUCCAGACCGACAACCCCCACGACGAGCUACUCGACUCCCCCCCACCCGCCACCGUCCCCGUUCACACGCCCAUGGAAACCUCGUCCUACCAGGACGAAAACGAAAACGAAAAUGACGGGUUUGCCAGCUUCAUCCACAGCAACGCCGAGCUGGCUGUCAUCUUCUUCGAGUGGCUCAAACAGAAUCGCGACUACAUCUCGGCCGAGGACAUGAGGAGCAUCAAGUUGAGGAGAUCCACCAUCGAGAGCGCCACCAAGCGCCUCGGCACCAACAACGAAGGCAAAAAGCAGCUCCUCAAACUCAUCCUCCAGUGGGUCGAGCAGUACCGUCUCCACAAAAGACGGGCCCCCGUCCAAAACCCAAACCCUAACCCGAAUUACGCCGGCUAUCCAAACACCACCUGUUACUCUUCCGGCCAAGCCUAUGUGCACCCGAUACCCGGUUACAAUAAUAUCGACCCGUACGGGAACCCGAUCCAUCUCGUGCCCGUGACACAUCAUCAUCAGGUCGUGAACGGGUUCUCAACUGAGUACCAGGUGAUGGACCCCACCCAUCCGUGGGCCAUGCCUCCGCCACCUGUCAUGCCCAUGACGGCACACCCCACGCACUACGGGCCCACGCACUACCCAGAAAAUGUGAACAGUAAUCAUCAGCCGGCGGUUUAUGGGAGCAAUCCCUACCGUCGGGUGUACGAUUCGAGUGCCAUGAAGUUGGGCUCUUUGGCCACGAAAGAGGCCCGGAAGAAGAGGAUGGCCCGCCAGAGAAGGAUGUACGCGAAUCACCACCACCACCGGCAUGCAGGUGGUGGGUCGAGCCAGCUCCACAGCCAUUCAGCUGAUGCUGCUCAUGGUGAGGGUGAUGAUGGUGGUGAGUAUUGGAUGACAGGUGGCGGCUCGUCGGAUCCUGUUGAUGGGGGGCAGGCUGGCAAGCUGGCUGGUCUUGACCGGCGGCAACAACAGGGUUUGAAGGUUGAGAAGAACUUGAAGUUUUUGCUGCAGAAAGUGUUGAAGCAAAGCGAUGUUGGUAAUCUGGGAAGGAUUGUGCUGCCAAAAAAAGAGGCCGAGAGCCAUCUUCCUGAACUGGAGACGAGGGACGGUAUAACGAUUGCGAUGGAAGACAUCGGAACUUCGCGAGUUUGGAACAUGCGUUACAGGUUUUGGCCUAAUAACAAAAGCAGAAUGUACCUUCUUGAGAACACAGGGGAUUUUGUGAGGCUCAAUGGACUUCAAGAAGGAGAUUUUAUCGUGAUCUACUCGGACACAAAAUGCGGCAAAUACAUGAUUCGAGGAGUUAAAGUGCGAGAGCCCGGCACAAAACCAGAGCGGAAAAAGCCGGUAAAUAAGAACAUACGCAAUUUAUCACUUGCCGGUCGUAAGAAUCCCCCACUUGCACCUCUCAAGCUAGCCAUAAAGUGA